AUGGUCUGUGUUGCUUCCAUCUUGAGCACAUCUCUCAAUUUGAUAACGUGCAUGUCUGGGCCUGUGUCGUUUUCAAGCAACCAGCUUAGUGAUUGGUGUGUUUUCCGCGUCGUUGUCCGUGACCUCGGUGUCUUUGCCUUCAUCAUGGUCCUCGUCGGUUACCUCGUGGGCCAUGCUCGCACUUGUUCGGGAAGCUUCUAUGAGACAGUGGAGGAGGCCCUAGCCAAGUCCGUGCGUGCGGAAGCGCGGUUGGGCUUCAAACUUUCCGACGGAGUUCCCAUGAGUGCCAAAGUUCACAGACAACAGCAGUGGAAACGUGCCAGUGCCUUGCUGAGUGCCCGUGCCUUUGGGUGUGUCGUCGUACACUGUUCUGAUCCGCAACAGGCAGUUCAAAACAAGGAGCUCAGUCUCGGCAAAGACUGCGGGGGCUCACCAGGCAGCUUCUUCCGGACGUUGAAGCCGCUGGAUGACCUGAGCAAGGUGGCCUACUUCAAUAUCGAGCUCUUCACCACUUCUGUGGGAGUGGCCGAAGUGGCUGUGGAACGUGCCUGGAACUUCUAUCAGCAUGUGGAUCCCACGGAUCAGAACAUGGCAUGUCACAUGAUCCUGAAGAACUCGGACAUGUACUAUUCCACCCAACGUGCGGCAGCUCUCGUGGGUUUCGUGCUUGCAGAUGGCAAGUCGACCGAGCUGCGAGUCCACCACUUCAAUGCACCAACCUUGCCUAGUGGCAUGGUGCAUGUCGACACUUUCACAAGCCCGAUUGCGGACUUUUGGCAUCAGAGCUCACCUGUGCCUGAUGUUCUACAGCCCAACGAGAUUGUGGUCAAGGUGGAGAUCCACGUGUCUGAGAAAGAAGAUUUUGCUCAGUGGCUGACCAAGAAGCGUGUCUUGAACAUGGAGGAGACCGUGCAGAGCUUGAACCACCGACUGGACAUGCUGGAUUGCGAAAGGGAACAAAUCAUGAACGAAAAGGAGGAGAUCGAAAGGGAUUUGGAACGCAAGCGGGCUAGGAUUGCGGCGGCAGAUUCAGUGGCUUCCCCAGCGCUUGCCCCCCCAGUGACUGCUCCAGUGUCGAAGAACAGUGCCUCACGUGAGAGUGGCUCCAAAGACGAUAAGCUGGAAGCGGAUGACAAACCUUCCGAAACCCAAGUCGUGUCUCAGUAA